UAUGUAAGCUACUAGGGAUAAGCAACAUAAUCGCUUAAGCAACAUUGGCUUAAAGGAUAUCCAGUCAUGUUUAAGAGAUUACAGUAGAUAAAUACCCAACUGCACAAUAACAUACAAAUUUUAUUUACUUCAUAGUAACACGUUUAAUGUGCCGCGUUGACGCCGCAGACCGGAUAAAUGUGUAGCAAAACUGGUCGUCCGGAAAACCUCCACCCCUAAAGCACAAAAAGUACAAAAUAUUAGGUACAUAUUGCAUAACGAAUCGCGAUUUACGAUGGAAAGUCAAACGCGCGGCUCACGCUGCCCAGUCCACGCUCGCAGCUCUAAAGAACGACCGCUCGGCCUAGCUACGUGCGAAUUUUCCGGACACAUUUCAAAAUUUGAAUUUCGAACAUUAUAUUUUUUUAUAUCCGCUCUCGAAAAUUUGCCACUAUUUUCAAGUGGAUUCUAAUGACAAUUGUUUUCUCGUUGUUUUUUUACGACGAAAUGGUAAACAAAGAUCAUAGACAUUGAUAAGGUUGUACUUGUCGCCUAAAAAUAAACUGUCUACCCUCACUCACUGGCUGAAAGAGUGCUGAUGACAGUGAUGACUGAACAGAAAUAAAACGCGGUUUAACAAAAUGGCGAUUUCGAAAAUUAGAUUAGUGUUUAGGGGGUGUAUACAGUUAGUUUGUAUUGCGUGUUUGAUAAUUCGGACAGAAUCGAUUGAAAGUGAAAUUGUGCUAGUGGACAAACUAAAUUAUUCUAAUAAAACGUUAAAUACGAUUGCUGAAGAGAUCUGCAACGUUUUCACGGCACCAGACGACCCAGUAUGUUUAUCUAACUGGCUAAGUCCGCCGGUUCUGCUGGGGCUACCAUCGGAACUUAAUAUCACAAAGCUGGAUAAGGAAGUGUAUUAUGAAAUAUCGCCUUCAGAUUACCUACAAGCCGUGAUCAUGGUUUCUGAUGACGAGAGUCAUAUCGUACAACAUCUCCUGAUACCACCGUCACGGAAUGAAAAAGUCUGGCUAAACUCCACUCAAAACUACACGUUUUGGACAGCAGCUGUGGUUGACAAUGGGACCCACUCUCCGUGGCUUCAGGGUCCAAAGUUACUUGCAAGGAAUAUCACUCAUAAAAAUGAGCAAAAGAUAAAUUAUACUAUCAACAUUGAUAUAGAUUACAGUGACAUGAUGAAUUGCCACUGUUCUAAUGUUAAUUUUACUUGGAAAAUAAAUAAUGAAUCGGAUAAAUCAUUCAGAGUAAUAAAUGACUGCCCUAUAACCAACUUUCGCACCGAAGAGGUCAUUCAUUGUAAGCCAGGAGAAUCAGAAAUCAAGUAUUCCCAAGCCGUGCCCUUGGGGAGCAAAUGUUAUUUCGCAGUCUCGGGUUAUGGCAAAGGCGGACUUCCGUAUGAUAUAGAACCGCAAGCAGUCAAAAACAUCACAUUGCUCCCUGUUCCCAACGGGGAUGCGUGGGACAUUGGCGUCAGCUGGUUGCAGCCGAUACACAGCCCUGACCGGUACCGGGUGGAAAUUCAAGUGGGGGAAGAGGAAUACAAGGUCAAUGUGUCUGGGAAGGCUACAGAAAUGACGUUCUCCGGAGUGUUGGACUAUGGGCUGUACGAGUACAGCGUGUCGGUGUGCGCUUUCAAGGGCCCCGUCUGUAUGCACGAGAGCAUCCGCGGCAUUUUUCCGCGUGGGCCGGUAGCCUCCAGCUCAGUGCCGGUACUGGGCUCUCUUCUCGCCAUGCUCUUGUUGGCAACCAUACUAGUGAGUGUCGUGGUCUGGUGCAAACGGCGCCGCGACAACAAGGCGAAACUGCUGUUUCUUGAGGAUGAUCCAGAAGACUUCCCAAAGAAGCUGUUUCCUGAAAUAAUCAGUGACCUGCCCGUUACUGAAGACAGCUGGGAGAUUCGUCCAGAGAAGCUGCAGUUACACGAAGUUAUAGGCGAGGGCGCUUUUGGUGUGGUGCGACGAGGGACUCUAGCGCCUGGCAAGGCUGUUGCAGUCAAAAUGCUUAAAGACUACCCAUCUAGAGACGAAGUGCGCUCGUUCCGCGCGGAGACAGAGCUGAUGAAGAGCGUCGGCGCGCACCCUCACGUGGUCAGCCUCGUGGGCUGCUGCAGCGGCCGGAGGCCUCUUAUAGUCGCCGAGUACUGCAGCCGUGGGGACUUGCUCUCUUACUUGAGGUGCUCGUGGGACGUGAUGGUUUCCAAACGCAACGCCAAAUACUGCAACAACAACUUUGAAACCAACUACCGCAACGAUCUCUUCAAGAGUUCUCACGAACACUCCAAACUGGUGGUCAAUAAGAUGUACGACCUCAAGGGAGUCUGCGACACUGAACUGACUUACGUGGACCUUCUGUCUUUCUGUCGUCAGAUAGCCAUGGGAAUGGAAUUCUUAGCUUCCAACAGAGUAGUCCACCGAGACUUGGCAGCUAGAAAUAUUCUGGUGACCAGCGAUAGGACACUGAAGAUAGCGGACUUUGGACUGUCCAGGGACAUUUAUCAAGAGAAUCAGUAUAAGCAGAAGGGCAACGGAAAGAUGCCGGUAAAAUGGAUGGCUUUGGAGUCUUUGACACACAGGAUAUAUACUACGCAGAGCGAUGUCUGGUCCUUCGGCGUGGUGGUGUGGGAGGUGGUGACGGUGGGCGGCGCGCCGUACGCCGACGUGGCGGCGGCGCGCCUGCCGCGCCUGCUGCGCGCCGGCUACCGCAUGCCGCGCCCCAACGCCUGCUGCAAACAGCUGUACGACCUGAUGCUGGCAUGCUGGCAGGCGCGGCCGCGCGACCGGCCGACCUUCGCCGAACUACACAGCGAACUAGACGCCAUGCUGCACUGCGCUUGUGCCGAACAAUAUCUGGCGCUGGACCUGGACAUGGAACUCAAGCCGGAAGAACCGAGAAGUGUCUACAUGAUGAUCAUGGAGUUCGCAAGAGGCAAGCGCCGCCUCGGCUCUGGGUACGCCUCGCCGCUGCCUCGCACACACAGCAACCACUACUCCUCGCCUCCAGCACCGAACAAGCCUCCUAGUAUCAGUGUCAGUGUACCGCUGUGCUCCUAAACCCUCACUACCUUCAUAAACUCAGAGGCAAGAGCGCCAUGGUAAGCUACGCCUCGCACACACCGCAACCACUACUCCUCGCCUCCAGCACCGAACAAGCCUCCUAGUAUCAGUGUCAGUGUACCGCUGUGCUCCUAAACCCUCACUACCUUCAUAAACUCAGAGGCAAGAGCGCCAUGGUAAGCUACGCCUCGCACACACCGCAACCACUACUCCUCGCCACCAGCACCGAACAAGCCUCCUAGUAUCAGUGUCAGUGUACCGCUGUGCUCCUAAACCCUUACUACCUUCAUAAACUCAGAGGCAAGAGCGCCAUGGUAAGCUACGCCUCGCACACACCGCAACCACUACUCCUCGCCUACAGCACCGAACAAGCCUCCUAGUAUCAGUGUCAGUGUAACGCUGUGCUCCUAAACCCUCACUACCUUCAUAAACUCAGAGGCAAGAGCGCCAUGGUAAGCUACGCCUCGCACACACCGCAACCACUACUCCUCGCCACCAGCAGCGAACAAGCCUCCUAGUAUCAGUGUCAGUGUACCGCUGUGCUCCUAAACCCUCACUACCUUCAUAAACUCAGAGGCAAGAGCGCCAUGGUAAGCUACGCCUCGCACACACGGCAACCACUACUCCUCGCCUCCAGCACCGAACAAGUCUCCAAGUAUCAGUGUCAGUGUACCGUUAUGCUCCUAAACCCUCACUAGGUACAUUAAUAAACUCAGAAGCAAGAGCGCCAUGGUAAGCUACGCCUCGCCGCUGCCUCGCAAUACGGCAACCCUACUCCUCGUCGCCUCCCGCGCUGGAUAAACUUCCGCAUCAGUGUCAGUGUACCGUUGUGCUCCUAAACCUUCAUGCCAUCAAUAGAAUCUCACAGGGGCAAGCGCUGUAGAAACCUGUACCCACCUUUUUUGAGGAACUCCAUACUGGUUCCUCGAGAAAAUCUCGACAGGGAACUCAAUGCACGAGCCGGAGUGUGCGCGAGGUGAAGUUUUCGAAAACCGCACAUUGCGCGGCCAUUUAGAUUCAGGAUUCUUCUUCUUUCGUGUCGAAGCUGAAAUUAAUACUACGAAAGCAACGAUGCUGACAAAAACGUGUGUGUGUGUGUGUGUGUGUGUGUGUGUGUGUGUGUGUGAAUGUGUGCCGACGACGAGCGGUGCUUAGCGAGGGAUGGCAUGCAGCCGAGUUCGAUAGAUCUGAACGCAUUAUUGAGGCUGUCGUAUCAUACCCAAUGCAUAGCCAACGCAAUUAAUACCUUUUAACGUUAACGUUUCAAAAUUGUCACAAAGGGACCAUAAAGAGAUUCGAUAAGUCAUAAGUCGAUUUGAUAAGAGUACUAAGGUCAAAGAAGAAAAAGUGCCUUGUAGUUAAAUAUAAUUGUAGGUACGAACUGCAAAGAUAUUGUUGAUGUUGCAACGUUCUGUUGCUUUUCUUUGUACAUUCAGCAGCAGAAGCAGAAAUAUCUAAGCCGGUAAGGUAUUCAAAUUGUUCUCUCUCUCAAAUUUUCUUGACAAUGAAGUUGUGGCCUGAUCAUUUUGACCAUCUCGCCUGCAAAGCAUCCGUUGUACCAAACUUGAUUUCUAUUUUAUUUAAUGCUGACUUUUGUAUUAUUUAAGUAAUUAUUUUACAUUAAAACCGACGAGAUAUUUUAAGUAGGACUUAUACUGAAUCUAUUUACUGAUUCGUUAAAUUGUCUUGAUAUCAUCAGAUCAUCACCGUCUGGUGAUUGCAAAUUUUAUAGCAAUUUCGGUACAGUUUUGCGGCCAGCUGAAGUGAUUUAUAAUAAAUACCAGCUAAUAAAUAUAUUAUCUCUCUAGAAAUUCGUUUUUAACAAUUACUUUAAUUCAACUGCGCUGUACCGAAAUUGCUGCAAAAUUUACGACAUCUGAUCAUCACUCAUAAGGUCGGCCUCACACAGCCGGAAUGUCUAUCUGAAUUCAGAUUCUUAAUUCAGAAAGCUGUGCCUCACACACAUGUCUUCUUAACCAUUCCGAUUGAUCAGCGGGCGUAGCAUGGUUCCAUUUUGCCUGUCACUAUGCCCGUCACUUUCGCACUUACAUACUUGUUAGAACGUGACAGGCUUGGUGACAAGAGAUAAAAAUGCGACCGUGCUACCGCCGCAGGUUGUCUUACGAACGUCUGUCUCACUAUCUCCCACGAAUGUCAACUGGCAAAUUCAUAAUCUAAUUCCAGCGUGUGUGCUCGUCCAUUCUUAAAGUUUGGAAAGAGGUGCGUCAGGAAUUCAUAAUCUUAAUUUUCAUAUUUUGAAUUCAGAACGCUCGUCAGUAUUAUUCUAAACGCCCCACACAGUGGCUAACAAUGGGCCAUGGCAAACCACUGCCAUGGGCGAUUGUGUGAACACCAAGGCCACGAAUCCUUUGAAGUGACAUAAAAACCGACAACUUCCCGAUUGCGCACCACGGUAGACAACGAUGGCCAGCCGUCCGCCAUUGUAUACCAUUGCCCGUACACAAUGGCGAUGGCUUGUCAUGGACCAUCCUUGACCACUGUGUAUUGGGGGGCCUUAACAGAUCGAUCUGAGAAAUUCAUCUCAAAAAAUCAGAACGUGUGUGGAACAUAAGUAAUGACGCUGUAUGUAAUUCCGGGUUUUCUGUAUUAAGAGUCUGAAUUCAGAGAGACAUUCCGGACGUGUGUGGCCGGCCUAACGUCUAUACAUAUAUUUUUAACAAUAUGGCAAACCCGUGCUGUGCGUACAUGUGAUCUAUGUACUACUAUUAAGGUAUAUUUUCCUAUGUUGAAGCCGUCUUUAGUUGUAAUUAUAGUUUACAUCCUAAUGUAUUAUGUUUUUAAUUUACUUGCAUGAUGCAAGACCAGUCACUAUGUUAGCAUAUAAGUUUUUAAUUUACAGUAUUGAUAAGUUGUGCUAUAAUGUGAUUAAGAAUAAAUACUUUGUACUUACCUAAUGGUGGUUUAUUUCAA